AUGCCUCCUCCCGAACAGCCCUUGCCAGAGCCCUCGCGCCGCCUCGUCACGUCCGACCAUGACCCCGCCAUGAGCGACCCAAAGCCCAUGGACCUGCGUCAAUCAGAGAUAGCACCGGUCAAUGCGAUAGACGUCGCAUCUGGAACAGAUUUGCCGGAAACCAAGGUCCGCAGCAAGAAUGUCAGAGAGAAUACAGACUCAUCGGGCUGGGGUGUCGCUGGCGGUGAGGCAAAGGACGAGGGAGCCCAACGGCAGGCCGAUUCACUUGACCUAGGCUCAAGCAGUGUAUUUACAGACCAAGCUGGAGCCGACUCGAAACCACCCGAGGUUGAAGAUGUGGGCGCUGCUCAACCGACCGAACCGACAGAACCUCCCGCACAUACAGAUCCUAUGGAGUCUUCUGUCGCUACCCUGAAGCCUACGAAACCCACAAAGUAUCUUACCAUUGAUACUGGUGGCUAUCUUGACCCAACUCCUCCAACUCCACAGGGCUCUCUGCCGCCGUCGCGCACGAGCUCUACCCACCGAUCCAAGCAUCAAGGUCCAGGACCAGGACCGUCACCCACACACUCCGACGCGGGCUAUGAUGAGGCGCAGUAUCCAAGUGAGGAUGAGCGAGAGGGGACAUCUCGCUCUGAGAUCCAGAGAAUCAUGCGGCAGUUUCCCGAGGAUGGGGGUGGUCCUGGAGAGGCCGAGGUCAUGAGCCCCAGGUUGGGGAUCACUUCGCCGCUCCUGAGCAGCCCCCCAAUGCAGCAGCAUCCUCCUAGGAAAUCCAGUUUAGAACCUCUUGCCCCGAGCAUCGCCCAGCAGCUUCAAGAAAUGCAAGGUCUGACACUUGCAAGCGGGUCCCCAACAAGUACUCGCUCGAAGGAAAGAUUGGGAGAGCCUGAAGACCAUGGACCGCCAGUUCCCCCUAAGGACGGGCCUUCAGACGAUAAACUGCCCGAUAUUGAAUCGCCUGUCUCAUCUACGGCACCCCUACACCGGCCACCGCCGCCCGAACCCGAGCCCGAGCCUUCCUUGCCCUUCGACUUCCACCGAUUCCUAGAACAGCUCAAGCACAAGAAGGCCGACCCGGUUGCGAGAUACCUCAAGUCCUUCCUCGCCGAGUUUGCAAAGCGGCAAUGGAUGGUGCACGAGCAAGUCAAGAUUAUAAGCGACUUCCUGGCAUUCAUUGCGAACAAGAUGGCCCAGUGCGAAGUAUGGAGCGAGGUCUCGGAUGUAGAAUUCGACAAUGCUCGCGAGGGAAUGGAGAAGCUCGUUAUGAAUCGGCUGUAUACACAGACUUUCUCUCCCGCAAUAGCUCCCCCUCAGCCUAUUCCGGGGGCAAAGUCAAAACGACGGGGUGGAGAUCGGCCCAUGGGUCCAGGUCGCCGUGGACAGCACCAGGAAGAUGUCGAGAGAGACGAUAUCCUGGCGCAAAAGAUUAAUAUCUACAGCUGGGUUCGCGAAGCGCACUUGGACAUCCCGCCCACGAGCGAGAGCGGGAAGAGGUUUCUCAUCUUGGCCCAGCAAGAACUACUGAAGAUCAGGUCAUACCGAGCACCACGAGACAAGAUCAUCUGCGUUCUCAACUGCUGCAAGGUCAUAUUUGGUCUCCUCAAGCACAACAAGUCAGACUCGUCAGCUGACAGCUUUAUGCCACUUCUGAUAUAUGUUGUUCUACGAUCCAAUCCGGAUCAUCUAGUGUCUAAUGUCCAGUACAUCCUGAGAUUUCGCAACCAAGAAAAGCUCGGCGGUGAAGCUGGUUAUUAUCUCUCGUCUCUGAUGGGUGCUGUGCAGUUCAUCGAGAACAUGGAUCGUACCACCUUGACAAUCACUGAUGAGGAGUUUGAAAAGAACGUGGAGGCGGCCGUAUCUGCUAUUGCCGAAAAGCACCGACAACAAGAAUCACCAGCUCUUCCCCAAGCACAGCAAUCAGAGAAAGGUGAUCUCCAUCCACCAGAGUCUUCCUCGACUCGUCCAUCGCUUGACGGGGAUGGGACGAAGACUCCGCGAAGAUCCACGUCAUCGAACGAAGGUAAUGAUUCUGGCGAAGACGGUCCUGCCAUCUCAGGACUUCUGCGUUCUAUUCAGAAACCACUAUCAUCGAUUGGCCGCAUGUUCUCGGAUGACCCAAGCGGUGCUGGGCCUAGCACGCCCUCUCGGGCUCCUCAACCUGACUCAAUACCUUCCCGCCUGAACCCGCGACAGAGCACGGAUGUAUCACCACAGCCGCCAGCAGGUCGCCAGCAGCUAUCAGCCCAAGAAGCCGCGGCCAGACAGGCGAGUGCGGAAACUGCUGAAGCUCAUCGGCUGCAGCGAGCAGAACACGACAAUAUUGUGGAAACCCUAGCAGGAAUGUUCCCAGACCUGGAUCGGGAUAUCAUUAGUGAUGUUGUCUACCAGAAGGAAGGAAGGGUUGGUCUUGCGGUCGAUGCCUGCCUCGCCCUAAGUGCUUGA